AUAGAUUAACCCCUGUUUAGUAAAAUUGUAGAAUGGCUGGGAACCUGGAGUUUGUAGUUUUGGUGUUUGCUUUAAUCCUCAGAUUCUCAGGAAUCAUUGGAGAAGGGGUGUCAGUGGUAUCAGGGGUACCUGGAGACUCCGUGGUAUUAGUGGGACCUGGAGAAACUGUGGUUUCAGGGGUACCCGGAGAAUCUCUUGGUUUAGAUGAACCCUAUGAGAAACUGGAAAGAAUAGAACGUGAUAUAGAUUAUCAAUUGAUUGACUCUGAAUCACCGCCGUACUUUGUGAACUCGAGCCGAACAGUGGUCUACACAACCCUGAGUUCUACAGUAACCCUGGUGUGUCGAGUUCGAAACCUGGGAGAUAGAUCGGUGUCCUGGAUCCGAAAAACUGAUCUCCAUAUUUUAACUGUUGGACUAACCUCAUACACAAACAACCAGAAAUUCUUCCCGAUCCAUCCAGAGGGAUCAGACGAGUGGAAUCUUCGGAUAUCAAACCCUGGUAUCAAGGAUAGUGGAACCUAUGAAGAAUGUCAGAUCAAUACUGAACCUAAACAUGGAUAUUUUUAUGAUUUAAACCUGACAUGUACAUGGCAAACUACACCAGAACCACCAGUACAUGUACGCUGGUCUCAAAACGGGAAUGGCCUCCAUCUUUCUAGCAGGGGAGGAAUUGCGAUAAUUACAGAGAAGCGUCGUCGAACCUCACAUCUACUUAUCUCAAGGCUUCGAGAACGGGAUAGUGGAAACUACAGCUGUUCACCAAGCAAUGCUGAAACCGAUUCUAUUCUUGUUCAUGUUCUUGAAGGUUUAGGUAGGAAACUAAACUAUUCUUGUUCAUGUUCUUGAAGGUUUAGGUAGGAAACUAAACUAUUCUUGUUCAUGUUCUUGAAGGUUUAGGUAGGAAACUAAACUAUUCUUGUUCAUGUUCUUGAAGGUUUAGGUAGGAAACUAAACUAUUCUUGUUCAUGUUCUUGAAGGUUUAGG